AUGGGCUUGGGCCAUGAGCAAGGACUUGGUGCCUGCUGCUUAAAGUGCAAGGAUAAAUGUGAAGGAUUUGAGCUUCAUUUCUGGAGAAAAAUAUGCCGCAACUGCAAAUGUGGCCUGGAAGAGCAUGAUAUCCCCACAAGCAACGAGGAAGAUCGGAAAGUGGGGAAACUCUUUGAAGAUACAAAAUACACAACCCUUAUUGCAAAGCUGAAGAAUGAUGGCAUUCCCAUGUAUAAACGCAACGUAAUGAUACUGACUAAUCCAGUGCCAGCCAAGAAGAACAUAUGCAUCAAUACUGUCACAUAUGAGUGGGCUCCUCCUGUUCAGAAUCAGACACUUGCUAGACAGUAUAUGCAGAUGCUACCAAAGGAGAAGCAGCCUGUUGCUGGCUCGGAAGGCGCACAGUACAGGAAGAAGCAGUUGGCUAAGCAGCUGCCUGCUCAUGAUCAGGAUCCUUCAAAAUGCCACGAGCUCUCCCCCAGCGAAGUUAAGCAGAUGGAACAAUUUGUCAAGAAGUACAAAAAAGAGGCACUUGGUGUAGGAGAUGUCAAGCUCCCUGGUGAGCUGGAAACAAGAGCUGCUGACAAGAAUAACGUGAGCAAUGGUGACAGAGGCACCUCAGCUGCUGUAGGAGUGAUGGAGAAAAAGUCCCCAGAUCAGAAGGCAUCUCAGUAUUCAUGCUAUCGCUGCAAACUGAAUAUGGAAGAAGGUGACCCAGCUGUCUACGCAGAACAUGCUGGAUAUGACAAAUUGUGGCACCCAGCUUGUUUUGUCUGUUGCAUCUGCAGUGAACUUCUAGUAGACAUGAUCUAUUUCUGGAAGAAUGGUAACCUGUACUGUGGAAGACAUUAUUGUGAUAGUGAAAAGCCCCGCUGUGCUGGAUGCGAUGAGCUAAUAUUCAGCAAUGAGUAUACUCAAGCAGAAGGUCAAAACUGGCAUCUGAAACACUUCUGCUGUUUUGACUGUGAUCGCAUUUUGGCUGGGGAAAUAUAUGUCAUGAUGAAUGACAAUCCAGUCUGCAAACCCUGCUAUAUGAAGAACCACGCUACGAUCUGCCAAGGCUGCCAUAAUGCUAUAGAUCCAGAAGUUCAGCGUGUGUCAUACAACAACUUCAACUGGCAUGCUACACAGGAAUGCUUCUUGUGUUCCUGUUGCAGCAAGUGUCUAAUUGGCCAGAAGUUCAUGCCAGUGGAAGGGAUGGUAUUUUGCUCAGUGGAAUGUAAGAAAAAGAUGAUGUCUUAAGAGAAGAUGUGCACAGAACCAAGCAUUGCUGCGUUCCAAAGGCUCUUGCAUUCCUACUGUAAAAUAUAUCUUAUCGGGGCAUUUAAAGUUGUUGGAAGUAUUAAGUAGUAUUUUUCC